AUGGAGAGAUUCAAGGCGCUGCUUUCGUCCGGAAAAAACAAGGGAAAGUACAAGGCCGUCUCACGGUCUUCUUGUGACAACGAUGAGCCGCGUGAGGCGUUCGCGGAGGAUGAGAUUGUUUCGUUACGGCGAACCAUCUGGUAUCUCGGCGCGAGCCUCGCCAUUGUCAGCUCGGCGCUCUUCUUGACCCUUGCCUACAUAGCAGCCAACGGUUCUCAUAAUUAUAUAAAAGAUCAUGGGAGUGUGCAACGCAUCGGAAGUGAUCCAAAUGGAUUUGUGCCUCCUGAAAUUGGUGAGCCGCCAAGAUGGACGUUCUUGGCCGAUCCGAGCUCGCCCUACUAUAUCGAAGAGGACACUUUCUACGAUAUCAACAAGACUAUCGCCACAGUCACCAGGAUAAAGUCGAUCCACAACUCGUCAAAUGUGCUUGUGAACGGGAACUACGCAGACUGGGUGCACCCGGACGGCAACGUCACCAAGCUUCCCCCCUACUAUUCCACCGUCUCCAACCGGCAAACGUACAUCAUCCGCGGGUUCCACCAGAUGCACUGCCUUCUGAGCAUUACCGAGGAGUACGGGUUCCGCUACCACAACAUGUCGUCGCAGUGGUCGCCAAAGCACGUAGCGCACUGCCUCAAUGCCAUCCGCGAGGCCAUCAUGUGCCUGGCCGAUGCGACUCCGAUGUCCUACGUGAACGGGUUUGCCGUCGGCCAUGUCACCGACGACCAGCAGUUCAUGUGCAGGGAUUGGACGGCGCUUAGGCGGUGGGCCAACGAGCCCGAGAGGGGGAUCAGGUACAAGAACCUGUCGCCUCCGGGCUCCAAGCUCGACAAGAACACCGAGAUCAUCCCGUUCCCUCAGCUUUCGGAGGAGGAGAAGAGCGGCUUGGCCUAG